UUGUAAUUCACCUUCCAAGAUUGUAAUCAAGCAUCCUUUGUAAAGAGUUCUCAAGCAAUACAAGUGUUCCCUUUAUUCACAGUCUUUGUUCCCCUUUGUUCAAGUCAUUGAAUCGAGUUGCAAGUUGGUGUCAAGGCUGAUCUUAGCACGGUGACUAAGAGCCGCACGUGGGUUGAAGGACUAACUCCGUGACAACUUGGUAUCAGAGCAGAACGAUUCUUGGAUACGUUGGAACGUGACUCUUAACCAAAUGAGCUUAACAUUUAGAGUAUGGUUGCGCAAUGGUGGUGGGAGAAGACCAAAUAUGGGUUUGCUUCGGCAAAGGUCUUUGUACUCCGCGAGUAUGGGAUCGUGAGAGCCGCUCAAAUUAUUUGUUUUAAAUCCGUGGCCAACGGCCCGGAUGAUAUCGCCGGAAGAUGGGACGAGAUGGCCAAUGCGAUUCCGGGCAAGACUCCCGAGGAGGUGAAAGUCUACUACGAGGCGGUGGAACACGAUUUACUUGAAAUUGAAGCGGGUCGGGUUGAGUUACCGAAUUACAGUGAUGAUAUUGGUGAUGAGUUUGUUGUUACGGUGAAAAAAGAAGACGAAGCGGUUGGGAAUUUGGAUUCGGAGGUGUUAGCGAUGGGGGAUGGAACGAAACGUGUGGAAAAAGAGCGGAAGAAAGCGACUCCAUGGACCGAAGAAGAACACAGGAGAUUCCUGCAGGGGCUUAAGGUUUAUGGAAAAGGCGAUUGGCGCAGCAUAUCGAGAAUCAUGGUGGUUACAAGGACGGCUACACAAGUCGCGAGCCAUGCUCAAAAGUAUUUCCUCAGGCAGGCUUCACUCAAGGAAGAUAAUAACAAGGAAGAAAAUAAAAAGAAGAAGAAGAGGAGAAGGUGUAGUAUUCAUGAUAUCACCACCGCGGAUGUACCCGUGGUGGAGGACACACAGCCGAGUUCAUCGACACCACCAACCUCUAGUUUGAAUGGUAGUCAAGGAAGAGGAGUGCCAACACCAACACCAACACCAUCAUCACCCCAUGAGGGACAAUUCAAUGGCAUUGGCAGCCAAGGAAGAGAACAAUCAUCGCUAAAACUAUGGUCGGGAAUUCAGGGCGUUACAACCACCGUUACCACCAUGGUGGUGCACACACAGCCGAUAUCAUCAACACCACCACCAGCCACUAGUUUCUAUGGUGGUAGCAAUGGUAGAGCAGUACCAACGACAAUAGCAACAUCGUCGUCCCAUUAUUUCUGUGGCGGUCAAGGAAGAGGAGGACAACCACCCACUAAUUUCUAUGGGGGACAAGGAGGAGGUGCACCGCAGCCGCUCAAUAGUUUCUAUGGCGGCCAAGGAAGAGGAGUACCGACACUGCCAGCCACUAAUUUCUUUGGUGAGCAAGGAAGGGCACCACCGCGGUAUGGGUUUAUCAAAAAUUUGGCUCCUACCCAUGUUAAAGAUUACUCUUUAGAUGAAGACUUUAGUUUUAAAACCAGCUACUUUAGUGAGACUAACCUUUGAAUAAGACAGAGUUAACCUCCAGUUAACCAUCAAAGCAAAUUGAAUUGUGAAUAGGUAACAAUAUGAACCAUUAUCAGCUCAAGAGACAAUUGUGAAUAGUGUUUUGAUUUGAUAUGAUAUGAUUUGGAUUGGUUUA